AUGAAAUUCCUAGCCCCAAUCACACUCAUUGGCCUUACCUGCCUCCAAACGGUAACCGUCUCCGCAGCCCCCGCGUCAAAGGAAUGGCGCGAGAACAAAAGCCUUGGACAGGCCGGAGCGCCCAGCUACAGACGCAGUGAAUUAUCCACAUCCGGCGGUACGAUGAUCAAGUUACGCCGUGGAGCACCAGCACCAGCACCCGGCGCCCCAGCACCAGACGCUGCCAAAGGCGCUGCUGCCGCCCCGGGCGACGACGCAGCACCAGCUGAUGAAGCGGCACCAGGAGACGAAGCGGCACCAGGAGACGAAGAAGCGCCGGCCGACGAGGCCGCACCAGGCGGUGCGGAGGGCGGUGCUGCUCCUGCUGGAGGCGCGCCGGGGGUGCAAAGGGUGCCCCCGGAGCUCCGGGUGCCCCGGGUGCUCCUGCUCCAGACGCGGCUGGUGGUGCUCCGGGUGGUGCGCCGAAAGAUGGUAAGGGUGCUCCUGGCGCUCCGGGUGCUCCGGGUGCUCCGGGUGCUCCGGCUCCAGGUGCAAAAGGUGCUCCUGGGGGCGCUCCCGGUGGUGCUCCAGGUGGUGCCCCAGGCGGUGCCCCAGGUGCUCCUCCCGGUGGUGCUCCGGGCGCUCCGGGGGCUCCAGGUGCCCCAGACGCAGCUAAGGGCGCUCCAGGUGCCCCAGGUGCUCCGGGUGCUCCGGGCGCCCCAGACGCAGCAGGUGGUGCUCCCGGCGGUGCACCAAAAGAUUCAAAGGGUGCCGCGGGUACUCCGGGUGCUCCUCCUCCAGGCGCUCCAGGUGCUCCGGCCCCAGAUGCGGCAGGCGGUGCAAAAGGUGCCCCCGGCGGUGCUCCAGGCGGUGCUCCAGGCGCUCCCGGCGGUGCUCCAGGCGGUGCUCCAGGCGCUCCCGGCGGCGCCCCAGGUGCUCCAGGUGCUCCAGGCGCUUCAGACGCAGCAGCUGGAGCUCCCGGCGGUGCUCCAGGUGGUGCACCAAAAGAUGCUAAAGGUGCCCCAGGCGCUCCAGGCGCUCCCGGUGCUCCAGACGCAGCAGAUGAUGCUCCAGACGCAGCAGCUGGUGCCCCAGAUGCAGCAGGCGGCGCUCCUGGCGGCGCUCCCGGCGGUGCGCCAAAGGGUGCUCCAGGUGCUCCAGGCGCUCCCGGCGGUGCCCCAGACGCAGCAGGUGGUGCUCCCGGCGGUGCGCCAAAAGAUUCGAAGGGUGCCACAGGUGCUCCGGGUGCUCCGGGUGCUCCGGCUCCAGAUGCAAAAGGUGCUCCUUCCGGUGGUGCUCCGGGUGCCCCAGGCGCUCCAGGUGCUCCAGAUGCAGCAGGUGGUGCUCCCGGUGGUGCACCGAAGGGCGCUCCAGGCGCUCCAGACGCAGCAGCUGAUGCUCCAGGAGAUGAAGCCGCUCCAGGGGACGAGGCCGCCCCAGCCGAUGAGGCCGCCCCGGCAGGUGAAGCCGCCCCAGCCGAUGAGGCUGCUGGCGGUGCAGAUGAGGCCGCUCCAGCAGAUGAGGCUGCUGGCGGUGCAGACGAUGCCCCAGAUGCAGACGAUGCCGCAGGUGGUGCUCCAGGUGGUGCCCCCGGCGGUGCUCCAGGUGGCGCUCCAGGUGGUGCCCCCGGCGGUGCUCCAGGCGGUGCUCCAGCUGGUCCCCCCGGCGGUGCUUCGGGUAACCCAGGCGCCCCAGCCCCCGGAUCUCCAGGUGCUGCUCCUCUUCCAGGCGCUCCGGGCUCUGGCACAGAGCCUUCGGCCGGCGGACGUGGUCCAGGUGGUCCAGGUGGUCCAGGUGGUCCGGGUGGUCCGGGUGGUCCGGGUGGUCCGGGUGGAAAGCAUGGAGGAGGAGGAAGAGGAUGGGGUGGAAAACGUGGAAAGGGGAGGGGAGGAAAGAGAGGCCAUGGUAGGGGUAAGAGAGGUCAUGGUGGUCCUGGCGGUCCUCCAGGUGGUGCUCCAGGAGGUGGUGCACCUGGCAAGGGACACUAAGCUGUCAAAGUCAGACGGGAAAGGUUUAUGGUUAUACAUUAAGAUAUCAAGCCUGUUUUAUAACUCACAGAAUUAG